CCCGCCUACCAAGCAGAUUCAGUUAUGCGUCCAAUCCAGAUUCUUCGUACCUACUAUACUCAGACCCCAACAGCUUACCACAAUGCUAUCAUGCCCGUCCACGCAUUUCUCUAUACACGAGUACUUAUAUUUCUAAUAGGAACAAUGGGUCCAACCAUCUCAUUUCUGAAGAACGUCAACUCUCGGUUCGUCUACUCGGAGUCCAUACUCGGCGGUGCUCUCAUUGCCGUCAGUCAUUACAGCAAACCCGAGGCUGUAGCUACUUAUCUUCUUAUUAUACAUGUAUUGGGCAAAGUGAGCCUAUAG